AGUUGUGAUAUUUUCUCCAGUAGUAGCACUAGCCGAGUUUCUGUGAUCUCUCUAAAAUGGAUCCAGCGUCACGAAUCAAACAAGAGCCCGGUAUAAAAACAGAGUAUCUUGUAAACAACGGUGACUUGUUAGCAAACUCCACACCUGCCUUGGGAGGAUCGCCAAACACAAAACGUCUCGGAUCGUUUUCAUCUCCACGAGAUUUAACGCUCACAAACGGACGACCGAUGAAACCGCCGGAUAAUAAGAAAAUGUAUAAACCUAACCUAAACGUGGCGCGAAACAGAAACACAGAUGUGAAGACAGCUUCGGGACCGAGAGUAACAAUGAAAACCGAUCGGAGUAAAAACGAUAAAAACACCAAACACAAGAAAGCUAUGCUCGUUCAAACGUCGGGCAUUUUCUCGGAUGGUAUGGCCAAACAAAAAGGACGUUUUGCAAAAUAUGAUCGGUCAAGUUCUUCGAAAGAACCAGGCGAAUCGAUUAAAAAACCGGUCUUUGUUCGAGCCAACACGAAAGUGGAUUUAGAAGAGGAGCAAAGGUUUAUGAAAAAUUUAUGUGAUCUCGACAACGAGAUUGAUGAGUUGGACCAGAAAUUGGAGCAAGAUUUGAAACUGCCUGUUAAGUUGGAAAACGCCGAUUAUAAAAUAAGGCCUGCGGAAGUGAAACUAGAGCCUAUGGUAGAACGAAGCUCGGAUCCACUCAACAUAUUGGAAACCCUUAAGACAGGCCCAGAACAACAAACCAACGUUUUCCUUUUACAACUGCCUGACGCUCUGCCUGGAAAAUGUGAUAGUGGAGAGAAACGAUUGGCAAGUGGCAGCAGCGACGAGAAGAUGGACUCCGCUGUACCAUCGACCACCACCGAAACAGAACCGAGGCACUGCACAGUGCGAGACUUGGAAGAAGGUUGCAUCGGUAAGAUAAUAAGGUAUCGCUCGGGAAAAACCAAACUGAUGCUGGGGGAGAUUAUGUUCGAUAUUAGCGUCGGAAUGGACACCGGAUUCCUGCAGGAACUGGUGUCCAUCAACACGAAUCAGUCGGAACGGAGCGGGAAUAUAAUCAACCUCAGCACCAUCAAAGCCAAGCUGAACGCAUCCCCAGAUUGGGAAUAUUUAUUUAAGAACUCUACAUGAAAUACACGAUGCUAA